UAAUUUCUAUAAAUAGAAACCCUAAUCCUCUCGUUUCCACACCACCACAUCUCAGAAAUCAAAAACCCUUUAAUUUCCCUCUCAGAGCAACAAUGAAGACCACCAUGUUUUCCCUCUUCGUUCUCUUUGCAUUCACCUCUUCAGCCCCAGCCCAGAUUGUCCAAGACUCAGACGGAGACGACGUACGCAAUGGUGGUCAAUACUACCUCCUACCAAAUUCUUAUGGAUAUGGUGGAGGCAUCAAUACCUUCCCAAGUUACAGCCAAAUUUGCGAUUACACCCUUGGGCAAUCCUCGUCGAGUUCCGACGAAGGAUAUGCAGUGACAGUUGCAACUCCAUAUAACAUUGGAGUUAUCCCAUCUUCUUUAAAUGUGAGCUUCUAUUUCGAUGGUACAAUACCAGGUUGUUCUACGUCACCAACAAACUGGAAAAUCUACUCUUCAGGAAAUGGUACGGAUGAUACAUAUACGGUGACUACCUCUGAGAACUCCAACACCGUGAGUGGUUCGUUUAAGAUUGUGAAUUCUGGCAUCAGUACUCUGAUGUAUAAGCUUCAUUUCUGUGCGGAUAAAGCUAAUUCUUGUCUGCAUGUUGGGAUUUCCGAGGACGAUACUGGGAACAGGCUUUGGACUCUCACUCAUGGUAAACCUUUUCUUUUUGUGUUCAGGAAGGUUGGAGCUGCGGCUGCAUGAAGAGAACCUAUAUAUUAAUUAUCUAAGUCGUGUAAUGGACUGCGUGUAAGAAAGCUUGUGUGUCUAGUGCAGGAAGCUUAGAUAAUUCCAUGCACUUAAAGACUAAACAAACUUAUGCUUUCUCUCUUUCUAUCUAUCUAUCAGGCACAUGCAAUAAUUUUAAGGAUAUGAAUUCGACGAGUAUCCCAAAUCCUCUCAUUCGUUGACUGUCCGCACUGUAACCGUAUGAUCUCAUCAGUACCUGAAAAUUUGUACUUCAUCAUAAAUAAAUCAAAUUGAGUUAAAGGGAAGUUA